AUGACAGCAAGCAAGUUUAGUACAGUUGCCCAGCGAGUUUCGAAUUGUGAAAACCUUGUUAAUCAGAUGAACCCGACAAGAUUUGAUCAAACUCCAGCGAUGAAGAGGGGUGUGGAACUUGAACUCCAUGCAGCAACAAUCUAUGCUAAUGUAGCAAAAAAUGGCAGAGUAAAUGUAUUUCCAUCAGGAUUAAUUAUAAAACCAAAAUGCCCAUGGUUAGGCUGCAGCCCUGACUGGAAAGUUUAUGAUUUGGAUGCCCUUGGUAAUGACCAGAACCCCUUUGGGUUACUGGAGGUUAAAGUUGUGAAGGAGGGGGCAACCUCAUUUGAUGAUGUGAGGUAUCUUACUAAGGAUAAUAUUAACCAGUAUUCUCUAAAGAAGAACGACAUUAAUUAUUACCAGGUCCAGUGCCAGUUGGGCCUCACUGGUCUAGACUGGUGUGAUUUUUUUAGUUACAUGUACGAUGACAUGUUUGUCUGCACAAGAACCUUUUUUUGA